GAAUGCGGAUACUAACUUCUUAUCUGCUGUUAUCAAUACUUUCAUCAUGCCAUGGGCUUAGCGAGAAUUUCGAUGAAAAAUUGACAUUAUCUCCAGUUAGUAAAAACGAGCUACGUGUUGAUUUUAGGUUUAAUUCCGAGAGAGAAUUCAACAGGAAAACAGAAUCUGGCGAUUAUCUAACAUUCCCACGUAUUAUUCAAGAACUUCUCUCUCGUUAUUCAGUUCGAAAAUUGACUGUAACGAUGGCUCACGGACGUUGGAAUUUAAUUGGAUGGGGACUUCCACCUCAACCGUCUUCUCCAACUGGAGCUCAAGUUUUUGCAGAAUUUGAAGCUGACCAACAAGAAGAUGCCGAUGAACGAAUGAAAUUUUUGGUAGAAGCUUUAAAUGGAGUUCUAUGUACAUCUAUAUCACAUAUCAAUGUUAUCACGAGCCCAGAAUUUAUAGUUCUCAAAAACCAUGGAGGAGAAACAAGUGUUCAUAAAAGAUAUGGUGUUCUGAGUGGUGAGACUACAUGUACUGAAAACUUGACCAGACUCCGGAAGCUAUUAGCUUGUAAAGAGAAUGGUAUCAGUACAUUGCUUCAUCCAUCCAAACUAUACAACUCGGUGUAUCAUUCAUCCCAUCUCGUUGUGGAGCAACAAUGUGACAAAGAUCAAUGCAACUCGAAAAUGGAAGUAGGAGUAUCUGUUGUUAUGCGUAACCCGUCUCAAAAAACUCAACGUCACUGGUCUCUGGCUGAUGUGUUCGAACGAAAACUCGGAUCGCAAUGUAAAGUUGCUCGUAGUAGUAAAAUACAUGUUAUUGGUACUACUGGAGAGAUAACCACGACUGAUGUGAAAAAUCUAACAACAAUCAAUGGAGAAGAACCAUUCGAAUUAUAUAUUCCAAUAACUGAUAUUUCGAUGAAACAAUCAGUUGUGAAAGCGUGGUCUUCUCAGGGAGGAUUCGAGCAGAAACAUGGAGUUUUGACUGUACACAUUACAAAUGACGAAUCAGCUUCGGAAAUUCAUGUAUCACAAAUUAUUCCAUAUUAUGUUCAUUUACGUUACAGUAAAAUCAACUGGAAAUGUGAUAAAAAUGGUGUUCCCCGUAUUGAGAAGAUCUUCAAGAAUAGCAAAAGCUUGGAGGCGCCUACACUACUACAGUACAAAAUGAAACUUUCUGCAGGACAGACUUGUGAACUUACUAUUCCAUUUGAUAAGCAACUUUUGAGACUAGAACAAUACCCACCAGAUGCAAAUCAUGGAAUGCAUAUUCCAGCAGCAAGUGUCUACAUUCAAAAGAGCACCUCAACAUACACAAUUCAUUCGAAUGCCAUCUUGGUCCUUCUACCAGUCCCCGAUUUCUCAAUGCCAUUCAAUGUGAUUUGUUUCGUUGCCACCGCUUUUGCUCUAGUCUUCGGACCAAUUCAACUUUAUUCAACACUUUGGUUGGCACCGGUCGUCAAAAAGUCACAAUGGGGGCGGAAAAUUCAUCGGGCGAUUCUUUUGGCUAUCAUUGCAUUCUGCCUAUAUGCUCAUAUGAUGGAUAUCAAUUUGAACGAAAUUCGACGUGGUAUCGAAACAUAUUUUGAAAAGCUCAACGAACUUAAGUGAUUUUUAUGAUCUGUGUUUUUUCCUCUCUAUUCGGGUAUUUUAAUACGAAUGAUUUACUUAAUAAUCAAAAUAAAUUAAUUUAUUGC